AUGUCGUCAGUGCUCCAAAAACUCAUCAACCCUCUGCCGGGAAGCUCUAAAGAGCCCCCCAGGAACAAAGUGACAGUUGUCGGAGUGGGCCAAGUUGGCAUGGCUUGCGCCAUCAGCAUCCUAUUGCGGGAUCUGUGUGAUGAGCUAGCUCUGGUGGAUGUGAUGGAAGAUCGCCUGAAGGGAGAGGUGAUGGACCUUCAGCACGGCAGCCUUUUCCUCAAGACGUCCAAAAUUGUCGCGGACAAAGACUACGCGGUGACCGCAAACUCCCGCUUGGUCGUGGUGACUGCCGGAGUCCGCCAGCAGGAGGGCGAGAGUCGCCUCAACCUGGUGCAGAGGAACGUUAACGUCUUCAAGUCCAUCAUUCCUCAGAUCAUGAAGUACAGCCCACAGUGCACGCUUAUCGUCGUCUCCAAUCCAGUGGACAUUCUCACCUAUGUGACCUGGAAGUUGAGUGGCCUGCCCAAACACCGAGUAAUCGGAAGCGGGACCAACUUGGACUCGGCCCGUUUCCGCUUCAUGAUGGCCGAACGUCUCGACAUCCAUGCUAGCUCUUUCAACGGUUGGGUGUUGGGCGAGCAUGGAGACACCAGUGUGCCUGUAUGGAGUGGCGCAAAUGUCGCUGGGGUCAACUUGCAGAAGCUGAAUCCCGAAAUCGGCACUGAUGCCGAUAAAGACCAGUGGAAAGCUACGCAUAAAGCUGUGGUAGACAGUGCGUAUGAGGUGAUCAAGCUGAAGGGUUACACCAACUGGGCCAUCGGCUUGAGCGUGGCUGACCUGACAGAGAGUAUCGUCAAGAACAUGAGCCGUGUCCACCCGGUUUCCACUAUGGUCAAGGGCAUGUAUGGCAUUGGGGAAGACGUCUUCCUGUCCCUGCCCUGCGUUUUGAACAGCGGUGGCGUCGGAAGCGUCGUUAACAUGACGCUCAACGACGGCGAAGUGGCUCAGCUGAAGAAAAGCGCUGAAACUCUCUGGAGUAUCCAGAGGGACCUCAAGGAUGUUUGA